GAAUAUCUCAGUACGAUUUUAACCAUAAAUGGAAAGGGAGUUCAUUUUGGAAUUUGAAAAAAAAAAUAGCAAAUAAAAAAGAAUGUAUUUUUUCUGUGAUUUCUUAAUUUUUGGUUGCCUAUUUGUCAGUGGCUUCCACUAUGGCUACUACUGCAAAUAUGCCUAUGCCUACGAUAAUCUCUGGAAUCAUUGGUUCUCUCUGGUGGGCAUUAUUUUGUGUCUAAUUCUGGCCGUCGGUUGGUGUCUGCGAAAAUACAAAAAGAAAAAAUAUCUUUUUGAGAAUUUCUAUGUGAUAUUCUAUGGUUUGAUAUGCAGUAUAAUAAGUGCAGUAUUUCUUUUGUCGGAAAAUGUGGACAUUUCCUUCUAUUUUAUCUUCGCAUCGAUGGUUAUCAUCUAUUUGCCAUGUUACAACUACAUAUCGCUGCGAGUUGGAGCAAACGGCUGCCGACCGGCUCGCAUUGCUCUGGGCAAUGCUAUGUAUUUUGCUGGUUUGACAUCGGGCUUUGCCAUUUUCGAUGAGCUACAACCAAAGGUGGCUGGUUGGGCAGUAUUCGCAAUAAGUUUGACCUUUGUCAUUGGCAUCAUUGUCAACGAGAGUCUGCAUCAGUGCCGCUGCCAAGACUACAAAAGUUCCUGUGAUUUGGUUUUCAAUCUGCUGAAUGAGGAGAAGCUGGUGUUUGCCGAGAGGAAAUCGAUAACUGCCCUGUUUGUGGGUCGCGAUGAUUAUUGUUUCAAACGGAACAUACAAUGGUUGGUGGUGGGUCUGGCGGCCAUUAUUGUUGCGGAGCGUUGCUUCUUUUUCUCCUGGUCCUAUUUGGAGUUGAUGCAAAGUGCCACCAGGGGCUAUACGCGGGGCAGUGAGCUGCUCUAUUUACCCUAUCUCCUGUAUGCAGGGGGUUGCUGCCUGGGUUCCCUGCUUAUGCUGCGCUAUAAACCCAAACUGAUAUAUCUAAUGUUUGGCCUCAUAAAAAUUACCAUUUCAGCGGCCAUACUUGGUGUCUACUCAGAUGGCCAUACCGAAGAUUGUUUUCUCUUUUUAUGUUUCUAUUAUCUCAGCCUGGGAGUUUACUCCAGCAUUGGCCUGCAGAUGUUGGUGGAGGCGACACCAUUUCUUUAUACUGAAUUGGCUCUGGGUGUUGCUUUCUGCAUGGAAAUCGGCCUAAUGGAGUUGCUGAAAUUUGAGGCCCUCAACGAAGACUAUUGGUCCAGAAUGUGGAUAAUGACGACAGUAACAAUUUGCCUGACGGCAAUUUGUAUUCCACUGAUCCAAAUGUAUUUACCCAAGUCCCUGGGUCUAAUUGAAAUACGUAACCGGUUAUUGGGUAUCCAAAGACAGCCAGUGAAAUCCUAUGAAAAUCGCCUGUGGAAAAAUAAUUUCUAUUUGCAAAUGGAAAUACCCACAAAUGCGGUGAGUUUUGCAUUGGAAAAGAAUCGAGUCUUCCAUCAGUACCCGGGACCUGAAGAGACCAAAACGAAAUUUUAAUAAAAAAAAAUGAUUGAUUUAUUGUGAUAGAAUUCGAUUUUUGUGGUGUGCUAUAUUUUUAAC